UCUCUCUCUCUCUUUCAGCAUCUUCUCUCUUUGUUUCUCUUUCUUUCUGUCCUCUUCACUUUCAUUUUCUUUCUUUCUAUUUGUUUUUCUUUCUCUCCCUAUUACAAAUGUCGGUCUACAUCAUUGAUAAUUUCAGUUCAUAAGACCUCGAACUAAAAAGAAAUACGAUAGAGCAGCAGUUGUUGUGUAAAUAGAACGCCCUGGUUGGGUAAGACAAUCUCAACUGGUUGCUGUAGUCUUUUUGAAAACCAGGUAAUUAUUCAUCAUCGAGCCCUAGCUCGAAAUAAAUCAUUAGGACUAAAGAAAAAUGUGUUGUGUUUUUUAGGAUGACUAUUCAUAGCAGAUAGAAAUAUUUUCAAUAUAGGCUACAACAACAAGAGAUGUAUUGUACUUGUCUGUUAGUACUAAACGCAGUAGCAAUAUGGUUGACAUUCUCUUUAGGGCAAGCAGUUGAUGAUAAUUGCUCCAUUAGUCUCUUUGGUUGCUGCCCUGAUGGCAAAACUAUAUCAGGAGGAUUUGAUAAUAGAGGAUGUGAAAACAUACAACCAGCGGAAUGUAAAGAUACGACGUUUGGAUGUUGUCCAGAUGGUAAAACACCUGCUACUGGACCAAAUAAAGAAGGGUGUACUGAGACUGGAUGCAAAAGUUCAAGAUUUGGCUGCUGUCCAGAUAGUAAAACACCUGCUACUGGACCAAAUAAAGAAGGGUGUACAGAGGCUGGAUGCAAAAGUUCAAGAUUUGGCUGCUGUCCAGAUAGUAAAACACUUGCUACUGGACCAAAUAAAGAAGGGUGUACAGAGGCUGGAUGCAAAAGUUCAAGAUUUGGCUGUUGUCCAGAUAGUAAAACACCUGCUACUGGACCAAAUAAAAAAGGGUGUAGUGAGGCUGGAUGCAAAAGUUCAAGGUUUGGCUGCUGUCCAGAUGGUAAGACGCCUGCAAAAGGUAUAAUAAUUAAAGGCUGUAAAAAUGACAGUUGUCUUCUUUCAAAGUUUGGCUGCUGUCCAGAUGGUAAAACACCUGCUACUGGACCAAAUAAAGAAGGGUGUGCUGAGGGUGGAUGCGAAAGUUCAAGGUUUGGCUGCUGUCUAGAUGGUAAAACACCUGCUACUGGACCAAAUAAAGAAGGGUGUGCUGAGGGUGGAUGCAAAAGUUCAAGGUUUGGCUGCUGUCCAGAUGGCAAGACUCCUGACACUGAUCCAAAUAAACAAGAAUGCAUUAUAAACUCCCUAUCGCCUUUCGAUUGCUUAGAAACCACGUUUGGCUGCUGCCUAGAUGGUAAAACUCCUGCUCAGGGCAUUGAUCUUAGAGGAUGUGAAAAUUUAACAUGUCAGAAAUCAAAAUUUGGAUGUUGUCCAGAUGGAAAGACUCCUGCAACUGGUGACAAUUAUAAAGGAUGUGAUAUUGAGGACUGUCAGAACUCACAAUAUGGAUGUUGUCCAGAUGGAAUGACUCCUGCAACAGGUAUAAACCAUAAAGGCUGUAAACCGAUAGACAAUGAUUGCUCAUCCAGUUUGUUCGGAUGCUGCCCAGAUGGCAAAACUCCAUCAGGAGGAUUUGAUAAUAGAGGAUGUGAAAACAUACAGCCAACGGAAUGUAAAGAGACAACUUUUGGAUGUUGUCCAGAUGGUCAGACUCCUGCAAAAGGUUUAAUUAAUAAGGAUUGCUUUGAUGGAGGAUGUCAGAGCUCAAUGUUUGGCUGCUGUUCAGAUGAUAAAACACCUGCUACUGGACCAAAUAAAGAAGGGUGUAUUGAGGCUGGAUGCAAAAGUUCAAAGUUUGGCUGCUGUUCAGAUGGUAAAACACCUGCUACUGGACCAAACAAAGAAGGGUGUGCUGAGGGUGGAUGCGUAAGCUCAAAGUUUGGCUGUUGCCCUGAUGGUAAGACUCCUGCAACUGGUGACAAUUAUGAAGGCUGUGAUAUUGAGGACUGUCAGAACUCACAAUAUGGAUGUUGUCCAGAUGGAAUGACUCCUGCAACAGGUAUAAACCAUAAAGGCUGUAUACCGAUAGACAAUGAUUGUUCAUCCAGUUUGUUCGGAUGCUGCCCAGAUGGCAAAACUCCAUCAAAAGGAUUUGAUAAUAGAGAAUGUGAAAACAUACAGCCAGCGGAAUGUACAGAGACAACUUUUGGAUGCUGUCCAGAUGGUAAGAAGUUUGCUACAGGUCCCAAAAAUGAGGGUUGUACUGUAAGUGAAUGUGAAAAUUCAGAGUUUGGAUGUUGCCCUGAUGGUAAAACAUAUGCGAAUGGAGAAAAUUCUGAAGGUUGUGAUUCGAGUGUUUGCACUGCAACAAAGUUCGGAUGUUGUCCCGAUAGGAAAACACCUGCAUCUGGUUUAAAUAACAAAGGGUGCGAUUUUAGCAGAUGUCAAUUUUCAAAGUUCGGAUGUUGCCCAGAUGGAAAAACACCAUCUUUGGAUAUUAAAAACCAAGGAUGUCCUGAUGGCAGCUGCCGAAAUUCGUUGUUUGGUUGUUGCCCAAAUGGAAAAACGCCUGCAAAGGGUCCUUUUAAUAAAGGUUGCAAAGUUGUUGUCGAUUGUCGCGAAACAAAAUAUGGGUGUUGUCCUGAUAAGAAAUCUGUGGCACUGGGAAAUAAUUAUCAAGGAUGUUUUAAUAAAGUCAAAUGUAUUGAUACGAAAUAUGGAUGCUGCCCUGAUGAUAGGACUCCAGCUUUGGGGUUCAGUUUUGAGGGAUGCUUUAAACCUUCAACACGCGAUUUCUAAAAAAUACAUUUGGAUACUUUCAAAUGAAUAUAAUAUAGCUUAAAACUACAAAUGUAUUUUAUUAAACUUUUAUGCAGUACUAUUUUGUUUUUAAAAUCGUAAAUAUAUUUUAUGUUUCCCAUCUUCCAUUGAGAAGAAUUAUCAAAUAUUUAAAGACGUUUGGAAACAUGGAAUUUUUAAAACUUACGUUGUUGCUAUGUAUGUAGAAAUAAACUCUAUAAGACCAAA